AUGCAAACAUUCUCUCUCCUACAGAUAUUAAUAAAUUCCAUACUUCUAAUUUUUCAUCUUUCUUCCUCAAAUGCCAUCUACACAAAACGCAUCACUUUUGUGACUUCACAUCUCCGCCACCAUUGUAGAUCGGAUUCGGUAAUCCGCGGCCACCAAAGUCGCGGCGAGCCCGCCAUCUUAGCCUGUAGCGUCCACCGUCUCCAUCGCCAAAAAUCCACGGCCGUCAGCACUGCAGCGGGCCCACCGCUUGGAGGCUCGCCGAAGAACUUACUGCUCGAGGAUGGCGCUCAUCUUGACGGAUUAAAAAAGAACCGGUUGGAGCAGUCAGAGCAUACCUCAGUCGGGAUUCGCAGAACAGGGCUUCAUGAAAAUUUGUUUCUAUUGCUGAGAAAUUCGAGACUUUUGUGUGCCGUGAGAAUUGAAGGAUGGAAAUUGGGGAAAAAGAAUAAGAAGAAAGGGGGAGGAUUUUUGGAAAAUUUUUGGAGAUGA